CGGCCGUAGAGACGAGACCGUGUUUUCGCGAACGUGUGUGUCACAAAACGAGCCACAAACAAAACGACGACUGAUGGCAGGCCGACUAGUUAGUUUGCUCUUCUUCGUUCUUCUGAUAUACCUGGCACGAUUGCUGCAGCGUAAUCGCGAGGCGCUGAAGGCCGCGUCAUAAACUGGACGCGAGGACGACGGCGUCUUCUUCGCUUUUGGAUAUCGGUAAUCUUGGACCGUCGAAGCUAUCAAGAUGAUGAAGAUGCAGAAACAACAGGGCCUCGUGGCCGAUCUCAUGCCCAACAUAAGGGUCAUGAAGAUCUUCGGGCAUUUCGUAUUCAACUAUUACGACGACAAUUCGUCGAAGUACUUGCAUAAGGUGUACUGCUGCGCAAACUUAUUCCUGCUGCUGCUGCAAUUCGGCCUGUGCGCGGUGAAUCUGAUCAUCGAGAGCGCCGACGUCGACGAUCUCACGGCGAAUACGAUUACCCUUCUCUUCUUCACGCACAGCAUCGUCAAGGUCGUCUACUUCGCGAUCAGGAGCAAGUACUUUUACAGAACGUGGGCGAUAUGGAACAAUCCGAAUUCCCAUCCGCUCUUUGCCGAGAGCAACGCGAGAUACCACGCGAUCGCCCUGAAGAAGAUGAGGCUGCUGCUCUUUUUGGUCGGCAUCACGACCGUGCUCACCGCGGUGGCCUGGACCACCCUCACCUUCUUCGAGCAUCCGAUUAGAAAAGUUGUGGAUCCAAUCACGAACGAGACGGAAAUUAUUGAGUUGCCGCAAUUGUUGGUCCGUUCGUUCUACCCAUUCAACGCCGGCAAGGGAGUGACGCAUGUCCUGGUACUCAUAUAUCAAUUCUACUGGGUGCUGUUCAUGCUUAUCAAUGCCAAUUCGUUGGAUGUCCUCUUCUGCUCGUGGUUGCUGUUCGCCUGCGAACAACUGCAGCAUCUGAAACAAAUCAUGAAGCCUCUCAUGGAGUUGAGCGCGACUUUAGACACGGUCGUUCCGAACAGCAGCGAGCUCUUCAAGGCUGGCAGCGCGGAUCAUCUCCGUGAAUCGGAGAAUCAGCCGCCGCCGCCAGCGGCAGCCCAAGGCGACAACAUGCUGGACCUCGAUCUUCGCAACAUAUACAGCAAUCGGCAGGACUUCACGGCGACCUUCCGGCCGACCGCCGGCAUGAACUUCAACGGUGGCGUAGGACCGAACGGACUUACGAAGAAGCAAGAGAUGCUCGUCAGAAGUGCCAUCAAGUACUGGGUGGAGAGACACAAGCACAUUGUCAGAUUGGUCACCGCGGUCGGGGACGCGUAUGGCUUCGCGCUUCUGCUCCACAUGCUGACGACGACCAUCACUUUGACGCUGCUCGCCUACCAGGCGACGAAGGUGAACGGCGUAAACGUGUACGCGGCCUCGACGAUCGGCUACGUGCUCUACACGUUCGGCCAGGUCUUUCUGUUCUGCAUAUUUGGAAAUCGCUUGAUCGAAGAGAGCACCUCGGUGAUGGAGGCGGCUUAUUCUUGCCACUGGUACGACGGAUCGGAGGAGGCUAAAACGUUCGUGCAGAUCGUGUGCCAGCAGUGUCAGAAAGCUAUGUCAAUAUCGGGGGCGAAAUUCUUCACGGUGUCCCUGGAUCUCUUCGCUUCGGUACUGGGAGCCGUGGUGACUUACUUCAUGGUGUUGGUGCAACUGAAAUGAAUGUUCAGCUUCGUGCAUUCCAGAUGCGAAUGCAGCCUCUCGCGUUGCACGCGGCUGUGCAAAAUUAUAUUUUUUAACGUAUUUACAAGGGACCAAACGAAGCAUUCGUGUCGUGAAGAUUCUCACGGGGAGAAUCCGCAUUUACGGGCGCGUAGCAAAAUGCUGAGGUUCACGAAAUGGAAAAUCAAAACCUUGGUGGAAAUUUCAUGCAUUUUUUUUAACAAGUUUGCUAGACAGUUUUAUUAUUCCGAUCUGGUAUAUAUUUAACUGAGAAGUAAAGCCAUUUAUAAUUUUAAUAUAACGCUUUGCCUGCAAUUAUUGCGUAUAAAAAAAAAAAAUACGCAAAAUCUAAAUCUAAAUUUGCCGAACAAAAACAGGACAAUAAAUGGACUAUGCAUUGAUUAAUAAUUGAAUUGAUUAGUAAGCAAGUCUAAAGGCCUGUCUAUUAAUACUAGACAAUAACUGGGUGAGCAUCUACGUGUAUUUUUAUCGAGAAAACUGUUUCAGCCACCAAAUAAAACUCCAUCAAAUUCUUUUGUCCUAA